AUGCGCUUAACUGUUAUUGUCACCCUAUCAUUAUUGUUUGGGUGUAUAAUGGCUGCUGAAGCUGAAGCAGAAUUAGAGGCUACUUAUGAAAUUGAUAAUGCCUUAGAAGCAUUAACUGAAUUGAGGGAUGAUACUGCAUUAUCUUUGUACAAUUUACAAAAGGGAUGGGCAGUAGUAAAGGAUGGAUUGUAAGAUUCAGAAAAUUAAUUAUAAAACUCAAUCAAUUAAAAGGAUGCAGAGUGCGCUAAUCUUGAUUAAGCUAGAAAUCAAACUUAAUCUGACCUUGAUGAAAUUAAUGCCUACAUCCCAUGGUUAGAAUAGAAAAUAGCAAAUAUUACAGAUAGUUUAAACUCUUUACUUUAAAGAAGAUGUGAUCUUAAUAAAGCAUUCCUUGAUCAUAUCUAAAGAGAAAAGAUCGCUUUGAGUUUACUUGAAUUUAUUAAAUCUGCUAUUCAAAAUAAGGAUUCAUUUGAUUUUGUCCAAAUGAGAAAGCUUAACAAAAAUUUCUAAUAAUUCUUAAUUGCAUACAGUGCACACGACUUCAGUUCCAUCUUACUUCUAUAAAAAGAUAUUGUAGAUUCAAAGGAUUAUGAAGUUGAUGUCGAUUUCUCAACUAAAGAUAGAACUGAGGAAGAAAUUGGUACUGGUCACAUUGAUAAUAAUAAGGGAGAUCUUGAUUUGGAAGACUUCACUGAAGGAAAGAGAAAGAAUUGGUAACUUUACAAAUAAGAACUUCUUGAUAUCCUUAACGAAUUAUAAGCUAAGAUCCAAGCCAAUAUUAAGAGUUCUAUUGAUGAUGAAAUCGCUGCAUCUGUAACCCUUGCUAACUACAAGAAUAACGCCUUGAAGGAAAUUUAAGCCUACGAAAAGGAACUUGCUAAGGCUAAAAAGUAAUAAGUCUAAUUAUAGGCAUAACUUGACGAUGAAUAGAAUGCUCUCACUUAAUGCAGAUCUCAGGAUGAUAGCUUAAAGAACUAACUUUAAUCUCUUCAAAAUGAAAUAUAGCAAAGAUAAGCAGAAUUCGAUAAGAAGAAGGAUGAUCUCUAAGGACAAGUUGAUUUAUUCAACGAAAUUAUUACUGAAUAUCAAGAUGGUAUAUUCUCUCAAGGUGAUGACUUUAAGGGCCGUACAGAUGAUUAUUUAGAUAACUAGACCUUCGAUGAUGAUGCCACUUAUACAGGUAGAGAAGUACCUAAAAUUGAUUUUAUGAAUAACCAAGAUGCUAAUGGAAGUGCUAGUUCUGGUGGAUUCUGA